AUGGAUCCUUCCUUGCUCUCCUCGCUACUUGAUGAGUCACAAAUACGCAGUUACGUCAGAGAUCACGCGAUUCAUAUGCAGCUUAAGUCUGGUACGAAAUUGAGAAAUCUUAUCACGUACAUUUCAAAGAGACUUGAGGACGGUGAUUGCGAUCAAAUACUGUGUUGGGGUCUACCAGGGGCUGUUGAAAAGGUCGUCGCCUUUGCUGAGAAAGUCAAGAGUCUUUGGCUCGCCAAAAUCGCGCCCUUGCCCGAUUCCCCGAGCCUCUACCAAUGCACUCGGCUCUUUUUUCACCUCACUCAAAUGAAAAUCGAGAAUUACUUGGUCAAGGCGAACAAACCCGCCAUGGUAAUACUACUCUCCCGCCAAAAGCUGGUGGAAUCAACUACUCCAGAGGCGGUUUCCGUCAUACCUACCGCUGAGCAGGAGAUUCCCGCUACAGAAGCGCCCUUCCCUAGUCGUCGAAAAAAGCGUCAUCAACAGAAGAAGCGAAGACGCGAUGGGAAAGAUCGAAGUAAUAUGGGUGGGUUGAAGAAGAAAGCGAAGCGGAUGCAAGAGAAGCGGAAAGGUGUAGACCAAGGUAGCUCCGAAGAGCAAGUCUUUGAUCCAUGCCACCGCCUUGUUCCGGCCAACAAAUUGGCUAGAUUGGCAGUGGCCGAAAUUGAGAAGAUUGGUUGGCCUCCCUGUACGUGA